GGGGUCUGAGGUGGGCGUGGCCAGGCCGGCUUUAGGUCCGGGGAGUGUCUCGCCGGCCGCAGCACACCCCUGUAAGUGGCGGCCAGGGCUGCGGUGGCCAAGUGAGCUGUCAACUUCAGGUUGACAGGGGUGUGGCCACGACCGCAAGGGCUGUUGUUGCCGGGUGGACCUAACAGGGAUGGGACGCUGGGGCCGGCUGCUGGUGUGGUUCGGAGCUGUGGGCGCCAUUCUCUGCUCUAGCCCGGGGUCCCAGGAGCCUUUUCAGCCGUCCUCGCCCCUGCCGCUGGCAAGUCCCGGCCCCCAGGACCCGAAAGUCAGCGCCCCGCCUAGCAUCUUGGAGCCAGCCUCCCAGCUGAAUUCUCCGGGCACCGAGGGGUCCUGGCUGUUUUCUACCUGCGGGGCCAGCGGCCGGCAUGGGCCCACACAGACACAAUGUGAUGGGGCCUACGCGGGGACCAGCGUGGUGGUGACCGUGGGGGCCGCCGGGCAGCUGAGAGGCGUGCAGCUGUGGCGCGUGCCGGGCCCUGGCCAGUAUCUGAUCUCAGCCUACGGAGCCGCAGGCGGCAAAGGCGCCAAGAACCACCUGUCGCGGGCGCAUGGCGUCUUCGUCUCAGCAAUCUUCUCCCUCGGUCUCGGGGAGUCGCUGUACAUCCUGGUGGGGCAGCAGGGAGAGGACGCCUGUCCCGGAGGUAGCCCGGAGAGCCAGCUUGUCUGCCUCGGGGAGUCUCGAGCCGUUGAAGAGCACGCGGCGAUGGAUGGGAGCGAAGAGGUGCGCGCCGGAGAGCUGGAACCGCUGCUGGUGGCGGCCGGAGGCGGCGGUCGGGCCUACCUGAGGCCGCGGGACCGAGGCCGGACUCAGGCCGCCCCCGAGAAACUGGAGAACCGCUCGGAGGCGCCCGGAAGCGGCGGGACAGGCGGGGCGGCAGGGGGUGAUGCUUCAGAGACUGACAACCUCUGGGCUGAUGGGGAAGAUGGAGUAUCCUUCAUACACCCCAGCAGCGAGCUCUAUCUGCAGCCUCUGGCAGUCACCGAGAACCACGGAGAGGUAGAAAUCCGAAGGCACCUCAACUGCAGUCACUGCCCUUUGAAAGACUGCCAAUGGCAGGCAGAGCUCCAGUUGGCUGAGUGCCUGUGCCCAGAAGGCAUGGAGCUAGCUGUGGAUAACGUCACCUGCAUGGACCUGCCCAACCCCCCAGGCCCUCUGGUUCUGAUGGUGGCUGUGGUGGCAACCUCAACACUGAGCCUCUUUAUGGUGUGUGGGGUCCUGAUUCUGGUGAAGCAGAAGAAGUGGCAGGGCCUGCGGGAGACGAGGCUGCCGAGCCCUGAGCUUGAGCUGAGCAAGCUUCGAACCUCUGCCAUCAGGACGGCCCCCAAUCCCUAUUAUUGCCAGGUGGGGCUUGGCCCAGCCCAGUCCUGGCCUCUGCCCCCAGGUGUCACCGAGGUUUCCCCAGCCAGUGUUACUCUGCUCAGAGCCCUGGGCCAUGGUGCCUUUGGGGAGGUGUAUGAGGGACUGGUAAUUGGCCUUCCUGGGGACUCCAGUCCCCUGCAGGUGGCUAUCAAGACCCUGCCAGAACUCUGCUCUCCUCAGGAUGAGCUGGAUUUCCUCAUGGAGGCACUCAUCAUCAGCAAGUUUAGCCAUCAGAACAUUGUGCGGUGUGUGGGGCUCAGCCUCAGGGCCGCCCCUCGCCUCAUUCUGCUGGAACUGAUGUCUGGAGGGGACAUGAAGAGUUUCCUGAGGCACAGUCGUCCACACCUGGACCAGCCAUCACCUCUGGUCAUGCGGGAUCUGCUGCAACUGGCCCAGGACGUAGCCCAGGGCUGCCACUACCUGGAGGAAAAUCAUUUCAUCCACAGGGAUAUUGCUGCGCGGAACUGCCUGCUGAGCUGCACUGGGCCCAGCCGUGUGGCCAAGAUUGGGGACUUCGGGAUGGCACGAGAUAUCUACCGGGCCAGUUAUUACCGCAGGGGGGACCGGGCCUUGCUCCCAGUCAAGUGGAUGCCCCCAGAGGCCUUCCUGGAGGGCAUCUUCACAUCCAAGACAGAUUCCUGGUCUUUUGGGGUGCUUCUCUGGGAGAUCUUCUCACUGGGCUACAUGCCCUAUCCUGGGCGCACCAACCAGGAGGUGCUGGACUUCGUCAUUGCAGGGGGCCGGAUGGACCCUCCUAGGGGCUGCCCAGGGCCUGUGUACCGCAUCAUGACCCAGUGUUGGCAGCACGAGCCUGAGCUCCGCCCCAGCUUUGCCAGCAUCUUGGAGCGUCUUCAGUACUGCACUCAGGACCCUGAUGUGCUGAAUUCACCCCUGCCAAUGGAGCUGGGGCCCACCCCAGAGGAGGAAGGGGCUUCUGGGCUGGGGAACAGAUCUUUGGCGUGCCUAAGACCCCCACAGCCCCAGGAACUGAGUCCAGGGAAGUUGAAAAGUUGGGGAGGUAGCCCUCUUGGCCCCUGGCUUUCCUCUGGCCUCAAGCCCCUCAAAUCCAGGGGCCUCCAACCUCAGAACCUCUGGAAUCCCACCUAUCGCUCCUGAGCCCCAAGGAGCCCUGAGGGUGAGGACUGAGGCACUGAGGGUCCCUCCCUGUACUCCUCAGGCUCCUGGGUGGCCUGUUAUGCCAGCGGCCCCUGUUUCCUGCAGUCUGUGCUCUGUGUCUGGGCCUGUCUCGGAGCUGGCCUGGCAGCACUGCACUUGCCAUGCUGGAAACCAGCCCAGGCCUCCCAGGGAAAGGCCCAGCCACUUCCAGCUUUUGAUCUUUGGGCCAGAGGCCACCUUACACACACCCCAGGUGUCCAUGGGGAGCACUGGAUUGCCCUCCUACUAUGAGCAUCCUUCAUCUGGGCAGAACCCCACCCUGCAGAUGCUUCUAAUAAAAAGCGCUUCUCAUCUUC